UACGAAAUAAUGAAAAAUAUAAGUCGCUAUGUGACAAGGCUUCCAGAUCGUGCACAAUGGCGGAACCCCUCUAGAUACUUGUACACCGAAUCAUGUGGAAAUCCGCAGGGCGACAAUCACUGUCUCGACUCCGCCGGACGAAGUGGACCAGACACCACCACAUUGAAGAGAGUAUAUGAAUGCUCUAUUUACCAUUUCAGAAAUAUCUAUCUCACACAAAGCCAUCACAAACAACUAUCUCGGCUCUGAGUUGGUCAAAAAAAGACACACAUAGAAAUACGAUUGCACCCCAACCUAGGUCCAAGCAGCAAAGUAACUCAACACCUGAGUCCAGACACAUUCAGAAAUCAUUUUGCACCGAACUCAGAAACCAGCAUGUCCACCCCAACCAUCUUCGUCACCGGUGCCACGGGCGCUCAAGGCGGCGCCGUAGCCCGGCUCGCCUCUAAACUCAAUUGGACCGUCCACGCCACCGUUCGGGAUCUAGAUUCCCCCUCUGCCAAAUCCCUUGCCUUACUUGGCGUCGAGCUCACCCGCGGUGACUGGGACGACGAAGCCGCCCUCAAGAAAAGCAUCGCCGGUUGUGACUUCCUGUUUCUCAACCUGUUCCCCGACUUCUUCGACCUACUGCACGAGCGCAGACAAGCCCAGGGUAUCAUUCGCAUCGCCAAGGAAUCAGGCGUUGAACACAUUCUCUACUCGAGCGGCUUCCGGACUCGAUAUCAGCCGGACCUGCCGGCUCGGCUCAGGGAACAGCUUGAGGACAGCCUAGUGCUGGAGACGCUCGCCUCGAAGAAAGCCAUCGAGGACGACACCAAGAAAGCGGGGUUCGAUAAAUGGACCAUCCUCCGCCCCGGCUUCUUCAUGGCUAACUUGCUGUUGCCCAAUGUCCGCAUGUAUGGUGAUUUUAACGAGACGGGCGUCUGGGCGCAGGGUUUGCUUCCGUCGACGCAGCUGCCGCUGAUCGACACGGAAGACAUUGCCAGGUUUGCCAUUGCCGCUUUUCAGAAUCCGGAGAAGUUCAGUGGCAAACAGAUCCCGCUGGCGAGCGAGGUGCGCACCCCGAAUGAGCUCAUGGCCCUGGUUACUGCGGCUUCGGGCAAGAAGGUCAAGGCCAAGUUCUUGUCCGAUGAGGAGAUGCUGCGCAUGCUUGGGGAGAAUCCAUUUAUUAUCAGUCACGUGUUGAUGCGCGACAUGUCUUGGAAUGUGGAUAUUGACGAGGUCAAGUCCUUGGGGAUUCCUAUGGGCACAUUUGAGAACUACUUGAAGAGGGAGAAGAAAGCCGUUGAUGAAACGUAUAAGAAUCUCUGAUUUUCAGAUAACGGGUCAAGUUGUACCAUAUGGGAGACAACAAUUAGGGGUAUCAGUUCGCAACUUUGAAAUAAUAUCGCUGUCGCAUUGCCUAAGGUGAACCAGCACGAACACAUCGUUGCCACCAGCAAGCGCGCCGUGACCAUCGCCUCAAAAGGCGAGCUUGAAAGUGCAGGAGCCGCCUUCUUUCAAUGCCAAAAGACCUUCAAGUCCACCAUCCGACCAG